CCUCCUCCUCCUCCUCCCCCCUCGGCUGCUCCAGUCUGGCAGCCAGGCGGCCGCUGCCUCCGGCCGGUGCCGCCGCACUUGGGAAGCGACUCCCGGCCCCGGCGCUGCCGCCGGGAUGGGGACGCCGCUGGCGGCUCCCGGACUGCCGCCGCCGCCGCUGCUGCUGCUGGUGCUGCUCCUGGCCGGCACCGCGGGGCUCUGCCGGGCUCUCUUCUCCCUCCCGCUCCGCGUGUCCCACCCCGCCGCCCCCGCCGGCUCGCCGCCCGCCCCGGUGGUGCUGCGGCCGGCGAGCGGCAGCCGGCAGCAGGAUGCCCCCGGGGCUGCGGACGGCUUGGCCUUGGCCUCGGAUCCCGGCGGCACCCUCAACUUUUUAGCCAUGGUGGAGAACCUCCAGGGAGACUCCGGCCGCGGUUACUACCUGGAGAUGCUGAUCGGGACCCCGCCGCAGGCGCUAAAUAUUCUGGUUGACACUGGGAGCAGCAAUUUUGCUGUAGCAGGUGUGCCUGAUCCUGAUGUCACAUCCUACUUCAAUCCUGAGCUGUCAAGCACAUACAGAUCUCAAGGGAUUGAGGUGACAGUGAAGUACAGCCAAGGCAGCUGGACUGGAGUGCUGGGCACAGAUGUCAUCACCAUGCCCAAAGGACUCUAUGGCAGCUACACCAUCAACAUUGCCACCAUCCUGGAGUCAGAGAACUUCUUCCUGCCAGGGGUUAAGUGGCACGGGAUCCUGGGUCUUGCCUACGAUGCCUUAGCCAAGCCUUCCAGUUCUGUGGAGACAUUCUUUGAUUCCCUCGUGAGGCAGGCAAAGAUCCCCAACAUUUUCUCCCUGCAGAUGUGUGGUGCUGGACUCCCUGUUUCUGGAAGUGGUACCAACGGAGGUAGUCUUGUGCUGGGAGGAAUCGAGCCCAGCCUGUACACGGGGGAUAUCUGGUACACACCCAUCAAGGAGGAGUGGUACUACCAGGUGGAAAUCCUCAAACUGGAGGUGGGGGGACAGAACCUCCAGCUGGACUGCAGAGAGUACAAUGCUGAUAAAGCCAUAGUAGACAGUGGGACCACUCUCCUUCGACUGCCAGAGAAAGUCUUCAGUGCUGUGGUGCAGGCGAUAGCUCGCACAUCCCUGAUACAAGAAUUCUCUUCUGAAUUCUGGACUGGUACACAGCUUGCAUGCUGGGAUAGAACUGAAAAACCCUGGUCCUUAUUUCCCAAACUCUCCAUUUACCUGAGGGAUGAAAACUCCAGUAGGUCGUUUCGGAUCUCUAUCCUACCACAGCUUUACAUCCAACCCAUCCUCGUGAUAGGAGAUAAUUUGCAGUGCUACCGAUUCGGCAUCUCCUCCUCCACCAACGCUCUGGUCAUUGGUGCUACAGUCAUGGAAGGGUUUUAUGUCAUCUUUGACAGAGCCCAGAGGAGAGUGGGCUUUGCAGUGAGCCCCUGUGCAGAAGCUGACGGCUCGCCCCUCUCUGAGAUCGAGGGCCCUUUCACCACAGCAGACGUGGCCAGCAACUGCGUCUCCAGCGUUUCCUUCCACGAGCCCGUGCUCUGGAUCGCCUCCUACGCCCUGAUGAGCCUGUGUGGGAUCAUCCUGCUGGUGCUGAUCGUGCUGCUGCUCAUCCCUCCCCGCUGCCAGCACCGCUACACGGACAACGACGUGGUCAACGACGAGUCCUCCCUCGUGCGCCACCGGUGGAAAUGAGAGGCUGGAUCCCAAAAACAGACUUAAAAACGGGACCAAGGACAAAGAGCUCUGCCAAGGGGAAGAAGCCAAUGCCUCCUCAGUCCCUUCUACGUUCCUAGAAAAUGCUGGUGAAAAUCCCACCGAAUCCCCUGCAUCGUGACUUUUAUAGCUUUAUUUUCUAACACCGGUUCUGAACCAAAGCACUGUUAACCACCUCUGAAGUGCUACGGUACUGGAUUUGUUACUGCAGUACAAUGAGCCUUUAUGCUCUCUACAGUACCUUCUUUAAAAAAAAAAAAAAAAAGGAAAAAAAGUUUAAAAAAAAAAAGAUAAAAAAACCACACCGUGAUGUUCUUCCACUGUCUGAACAAAAUUGUCCAUCUCUCUUUCACAAAAAAAAAAAGGAGCUGUCAGUAUUUUCUAACUAAUCAAGCCCUGACUGUAGAAAAAGAGAAAAAAAAUAAUAAUCUUUCUUAUUAAUUGCAUUAAAUGAAUACUGCUUUCUGUUUACAUCAGUUUAUUUUGAAACUGUGCUUAUGGUGUGGGGGAGGGAGGAAAGUCAGACCUAAGCAGCAGAGAAAAAGCAAGGGAGAUCAAGAAGAAAUGUUGGUUUGUGGUUUCUUUCCCUCAAGAUCGCUGCUGCCACUCGAGAGGUUCACCCUCCCUGAGAGCUGUAACAAAAUAGUCCAAGGUGGUGAAAACUGGGAAACAAACUUGUUCAGCCUUAGAGUAAAACAAGACUACCUCUCUUAAUUUACAAGGAUGCUACCACUGGUGAGUGUGUGGAUUAGAACUGGUCUUGAAGCACAAAAGAUGCUCCAUACAACCAAAUGGAACUACUUGGCUUUGAAUUUUUUUGGGAUUUUAUAAAAAUCAGUACUUCACGACUUUCCACUUUGGUGCACAAAAAGAAAAAAACAAGAAACCUUUCAGUUUCCCCCUCCUCGUGUGGGGUUUUGUUGUUUUUUUCUGAGUUUGAUAUUUAGAAAAGGCUGAUCUGCAUGUGUAUGGACAGACAAGACAGCAAGGUCUGUGUUCUGCUGUAUUUCUAGAGAGAGUGUAACAGAAAGAAAACAAAAUAAGGACGACAACUUUUUUGUUUGCUUUAAUUCGGCUGAGCUCAGCAACCUAGAAAUUCAAAGGAGAAGCACCUGUCUUUAUGGACAGGCCGUGAAGUGAAAGUCUUUCUGCUGGCUUGUUUUUCACCUGAGGUGUUCAGUUUGGCAUCAAUCAAAAUGAAAAGUGUGUGUGUCCUGUCUGGCUGAAAACAACCACGUGGUGGGACUGGAAACAAUGGUGGGAGAGAGCAGGGGAGGAUGUCUUUGACCAGGCUUCCAUUCUGCAAGUGCAGAUCAUCAUGCUGAGGUCAGAAGAAGGUGUUUUCUUUGCAGAGAGGACAAUUUUUCUUUUCUCUAGUUGUUCUCUAAUUUUUCUUUUCUCUACUUCUCUGUAACACUGGCCUAAGUGUUUGGAUUGGACAGAGAAACAGUGCAAGGCUGAGGAUUUUUUUUUUUAUACAUUUUAAAAAAAGGAAAAAUAUUCGUUUUCAUUUUGAUAGCAGAGCAGUUUGCAUAUCUGUAUGGCAAAUGAGGAAAUAAAAAAAAGCUUAGCUCUGAAUUUUUCAAUCCCUUGCCUAGACAAUUUUCUGCCCAAAAUCCCCUCCUAUAGCUCUGUGAUUCACACUGCCUCUGCAUCUUACUCUGCAUGGAAUAAGGAAAGGUUUUUUUUUUUAUUUUUUUUUCAGGAAUGGUGCAUUUACAGAGGUGCACAUCAUGUGUGUGAAAAUAAAACACUGUGGGAGUUUUUUUUUAACUAACUUAUGUCUUUCAUGUCAUAACUGGAAGUGCCUGUGGUUUUCUUUUCAAUUCUUGCACUUUCAGAUUGCUUGGCUCAGUAGAGUAAAAUAAUUGACGCUGUGAUCCAACGUCUGAGAAUGAUUUCUCAUGGAAUUGGAAGUUGGAAAUAGGAAGGAAUUUUGAGCUUGUCUCCUUCUUCCACUGCCUCUUAGUUUCUAAGAGGAGAAAAAUUGUGAAUUACAUGAAAUAAGCCAUAGAGCUUAACUGUUUUCUCAGUGUUCUAUUUUCCAUAUCUCUUUAUUAAUAUCUUUUAAUUAAGAGUUCCAUGUCAUCCUCCUGGCUUUGGUUUUACACGUAACAAAUAACUUCAGAGUUGCAUUCCUCCUUUUUUUCUACAGCAUGGCAGUAGAAGUUAUGCUUCUGUCACUUGUUUCAAACAGAAACACCACAUGGAUUUUGGAUGGGUAGUGUUAAACAAUAAACCCUCUUUCAAUUCAGAAGGUGAAAACAACUUGUAUGCUCUUAAAAACUUUGAUCACUGCUCCCCUCACCUCUCCUACCUCCUGAGCACAAAGAGUUUUAGGAAGGAAUUUACUGGGAAAGUUUCUGAGUAGGCUUUUUAAAGAGAUUUCUUCUGAGUUGGUGAACAAAUUUUUGUGGAAAACCCCACCAAAUACCCUGCAUCGUGACUUUUUGGAUUUCAUAUAAAAGAUUUAAGUAUUACCCUUUCCCUUUAAAUGUCCUCGGUCAAGAUUAUAUUUUAAGGGAAACACUUGAACUAAGAGGAGCAAUAACCAAGUAGAAAUACUGAUAUAUUCUUCAGUUUUCCUGGCAUUCCUUCACACUAAAAAUGUGGCUUGGUAGUAAAAAUGCUGUGAGUGACACCUGUGAGCAGCACAAACUUCAUCUGGGCUUGUGAAUUGAUAGUUGCAGUGGCAGAAAUUCAGGUGAGCAUUGCUUUGUUGCUCUGGCAACAAGGAGAGCAGUGGGAACCCUUGAGGCUUCAUUUUUAGCCUACAACACAUUUAAGAAAAAUAAUGCUCUCGAGCAGUUUUGCAUGGGAGAUGAAACACAGUGAUAGACUAGGCUGUAACCAAGUGUAGCCACUCGGUAACUCCUCAUGAUCUCUUUCUCUGAUAUAUUUCAAAAUAUAUAUCUGCUGUGAGAUGUAUUAUGUUCCUGUUAACUUAACCAACUUCAGGGGUAAGAAUAAACCGUACCUUAAGGAAGGGGGGGGAAAAAAAUUGGGGAGGGAAGAGGAAUGAAAAAAACCAGAGCAUUGAAUAAAGAAGACACAGAAAAAUACCUCUUCUUAUGAAAAACAGGGUGCUCCAAAUCACAGCAUUCCAAACCAUCCCUUGUGAGAAAUAUCAGUAUAACAUCAGUGAAAUAUCAGUAUUUCUUGCUGACCCAGCUCUCCCCUGAUGGGAAUGUCACACCAUGUCCCAGGGAGGUGUCAGAAAGCUGCACUCCCCUGGCUGCAGCCUCGCAGGCAAUCUGGAGCCAUCGGUGCCAUGGCCAGGGAUUGGAGGGGGUGUGGUUGGAGUUCCAGUGGUUAAACCCGAGCCCAGCCCUGGGAAUAGGUUAAUUCUAUCCCGCUGCCUUCGCAAGUUUCAGAAAUAUUAUCAUGGGGUUUUUGGAGCAAUUUAAAUGCUAAGGGAAACACAUGAAGCAUUUUAAUAAGGCUUCUGUUCAGGUGCUGUAAAAGAAGUUAGGUGGAGGGGAUUGUUCUGUUUUUAAGGUGAAGGACUGUGUUUAGGAUGUGCAUGUUGAAUCAACCUAAAUGCAAUGUAUCAAGGGGUUUUGGUACCUCCUGUUGUCAACAGCUGCAAAAUUCAUCAGCGAAAAUCAAGUUCCUUGCUGUGUAUUGGCUGGCUUUGUCUUACUGAAGGAUGAGCCAUUUGUCUACCAAGCUUUUCCUUUUAAAUAUUAAAAAGCUUGUGAGAGUUGCAUAGCACUGCACAUUUCCGGAGAGAGAAAGAGAGAUCCUUAAAUGUCCCAAUAUUAAAAAAUUAUUGUGCUGCCAGAAUUUUCUUUGAUUUCCAUAGGGGUUUCCAACAACUGGGCUGGUGUUGGAUGUCAUAUUCUCAUCUCAGACAUGAAUAGAAAUAGCAAAAUCAGUGAUGCAAUGAAAGGCGUUGGUACAGUGACCUGUGGAGCUGCAAUUAAAAGGAAUUACAGAAAGAAAAAUAAAUAGAAUGCCUUUAGCUUUAUUAAAACUUGCAAGAGCGUAAGAGAUUGAUCCUUUUCAGAAAAGGCUGUGCUUUUUACCAAGACAUUAGUUCCUGUCAAACUUGACUCUCUGAUUGCUAAAUUGUUCCUUUCUGGCUGCUGAAGUCCUUGCUGCUGUUGAGAGAAGUGAAGACAGGUUGGUAGCGGGACAGGAGCAAUCUUCUGAGCCAGUUAGAUUUGCUGGCUUUUGAGGCUUAAUUAGGUGUUAAUCCAGGUUGGGGAGUAAUCCAGCAUGCUGGUUAUGGGAAUUAUUCCCUCUCUUGGGGAAUGCUAGCAGAAAUGCUUGCCUUCAGCCAAACCCCUGGGUGAGGCGGAUCCAACACACAAAAGCCACGGAGAGACAGCAGCUGCUGUAGGUGCAACACCCAGCAGUCCCCAUUCCCUCUGGCAAGGCUCCACCUGCCUGAAUAUUUUGGAAACCAGCACUCCAAGGUGCCUUUUGAUGCCCCUGGGAAUUCUCCCCUCCCAGGUGAACACAGGACACAAUCAUCUUUAGGUAGGGUCAGUGCCCAGCUGCUGAAUGUUCCCCUCUCCAUGUAACUCAGAGCUGUUUCUCACCCCCAGCAGUGGCAUUUGGGAGCAGCAGGAUAGGAAAUCAUAAAACAUGCUGACAUCAAUGACCGUGCAGUGGGAAUAGAAGAAUGGUUUGCAUCUGCCUGGAUCUUUGUGGUCAGGUAGUCUUUGAAAUACUGGGAAUUUUAGAGUAGACCGUGAAGGCACACACAGAAUUUCUUUUGAGCUAGCCAAAAAGCAAAAGACAAAAGGUAAUUUUUAGGAUUUAAAAAGAAGUAGCCCUCAAUAAGUGUUCGCUUCCUUUUUUUUUUUUUUUUUAUUGAUAAUAAUCACUUAAAAUAAGCAUAUUUUAGCAUAGUUGCUGUCCUACUAAUUUGCUGGUUUUAAAUCUGAUUUUUCUGAUUUGCCCUCUGGGCCAUUCACCCUUUCUCAUUCCCCCCCCAAAAAAGUUGCUACGAGAUUAAGGUCUCCAUUUUCCAGUUUCAGCUUUCUAACAAAAGAGAUGUUUUUCUCGUUUACCAUUCACAGACCUGUUUUAGAGUAGUUCCUUAAUGCUUUAAAAAUUAACUGUGGGCUGAAAAUGCUCACAGUGCCAUUAGGAGAAGAAUUGGAGCCAGAACUUUACCUGUGCCAAUGGUCCCUGAAUUUUACUGUGUGCCAAGAGCUCCUUUGUGCAUUUGACCAUGUUCCCUGGACUUCUUUCACAUCCCACUUGGAAAUACACCCUGCUCCUGUAUAUUCUCCUUUUUCUCCAUCCUCAGGAAGUACAGAGGUGGAGAGGAGGACCACAAGGAGCAGUGAGAGCUCCAUCCAUGACAUUUUUUGUCCUAAAAACCACUCCGGCUGAGCAACUGAGUUUGCUCAGAUUUUACAGCAAUGUGCAUUUAGGCAAAACACUUGAAUAAAGGACAUUUUUUGUAACAAUCCUCUCAUCGUGUCCCCCUGUGAGGAGGGAAAUUUUCACAGGGCCAAGUCAAACCUGCACAGGGCAUGUUCAUUCCUGUGUUUUCAGAGAGGGAUUAUGGAGCUGAAUGUUUAAAUGGCUGUAUUUGCAGCAUGGCUGUCCUUUGGAAAAUUCUGUGGUAAAAAGAAAAUGGAGUCGAGAAUGUUUAGAGGUAAUAAAAAGACAACUAACAAUUUCUUGAUAGCACAAAGGCAUGGAUCACUGCAAUAUGUGCUGGAAAAAAAAUUGCUUUGGUAGCCAAUACUCUGUGUGUGCAUAAACUACAGAAAGUUCAGUAUUUAAGACUUACCUGGAAACAGGCAGUUCACAUUUUUAAUUGCAAAUUUUAUAUGGAGAUGCAGAGAUCUUUUAAGGCUUUUAACACUACAGUAACUGUUAUGUUAUUCAGGAGUGUGGAAAGGAUUUCACCUUUAAGGUCAACUUACAGAGGCAUUUCUUCACCUGUUGUUUUGUUUUUAUUAGGCAACGUUUUUAACAUUGACUGAAAAGAAAAUGGGAUCAAACUUUGGAACAAAGGGGUAUAGUCUUUCUAAUUCAAUCUUCAGGUUAUGUUAUGAUCUCUAUCCCACUUACUGUCAAGCCUCAUUACUCAAUUUUCCAAAAAUUGAUACUUUGUACUUUCAGGUCUUGCCAUUUUCAGAUAAACACUAUGUUAAAAAAAUCAGAUUUUAUGCUGCUUAAAAUAAAUGAUUAAUUCUUUCAA